UUCGAUGACGCCGUCAAGCAGCUGAUUGAUCUUGUGCAUCAUGGCGACGAUGCUACAGAAGACAAAAUAAAAGCAUUCUUGUUUCAUGGCUGGUUCGGCGAGGGUCUGGGAGCAUCUGCCGUUCUUAGAGCUACAGCAGAGCACCUCAAAUCCAACAGAAGCGAUCCAGACAUGAAAGUGCAAUUUGGUAAAGUUCUCCACGUGGACUGCUCUCUGUGGAAAAAUAGAAGGACGAUGCAGCGGGAAAUAGCAGCAGAACUGAACCUUGGGCAUUUAACGCCUAUUUUUGAUAAGCAAGAUGAGGACGAUGAUUUCAAAGGAGUAGAGGACAGUUCUAGAGCAGAGAUAACAAGCAUAGCAAGUGAGAUCUAUGAAUCUCUAAUCAAUGAAAAAUUUCUGCUAAUUCUUCAUUAUGGGGGUGAUUCAGAUAUUGAUCUGGCACAGUCAGGCGUUCCUGUAUUUGGACCUUUUGGUAAAGCCAAGCUUUUAUGGACCAAUCAUGGAAGAUUUCGGCUCUCACAGAAACAUCAAAAGUUGUUGACAUCCAGUUUCGUUGAUACAAAGAUGCUUUUCAAUACCAUGGACCGCAUCUAUAUCGGGCAACAACUAACUUGUUUAUUGCACAAAGAAGCUGUUGAGGUGAUUAGUUAUACCGGAAUGGAUGACAUCAACCCAGCAAUUGUUGUGGAUUGCUUCUUGUACUCACUUUUGCUGGCAGGACAACUACGUGAAAACUCUGACACUGUUGAGUAUGGUUGGGCUACUCAUGCUUGCAACUACUGGAUAUGUGACGGAAUCCUUCAAAAGGACGGAGCGUGGGAGGUUGGCAAUGCAUUAUAUGGAGUGAUAGGGCAAUUGCGCCAUUCCUCAGAUGCAACGAAAACUCUACUAUAUUGGUUGGACCAACAAAUAAAAUCCUACCAAGGCUGGAAGUCAAUCGAAUCUAAUAAACAAGGAGCACAUAGUAUCUCUGAUGUCCCCACUCAUGUAUCAUCCUAUUUCUUAACAUUUAAGGGAGAUGAUCUACUAGAACUACCGAAUGAUUUGUUUCAACUAGCUAGCAACCUCCGUGUGCUAAAACUCUGCAAGUGCAGCUUUGAUUUUGCAUUCCCUCCUUUCAAGUCCUGCCACAACCUAAGGUUCCUUUGGCUUGACCAUUGUGCAAACACUGGGAAGGAGCAAGGUGGGGGAACAAGUUUUCCAAACCUGAUAGUGCUUGACCUGCGUUACACAGAUUUUGCCUUGCAACAACAGAUGAUUGAACGGAUGACCAAUCUAAGGGAGAUAAAUACUAAAGGACUCUCAUGGAGGAAUAUAAGUCAUGCAUGGAAAACAUUACAAAAUGUUCACAAGCUCCGACUGACGGAAUCUUCAGAUGUGAUCACAGUGAACAAUUGCUCUUCCUUGGAUAUGAUCAAUCUAGAGCUCCUUGAUUUGUCUGGCAAUACCUGUAUGGCAUCAUUGCCUGCAAUGUCAUCAGCGGCGAGCCUAAAGAUGCUCGUUCUUGAUGGUUGUGCCAACUUGGAGACCGUAACACUUGAAGGAGCUCUUCCAUUGCUCGAGACAUUUAGCUUUGAUGGUUAUGGCCCAACAGAGAACUGGGAACAUCCCAUAAAACUGCCGAAAAAGGAAUUCCGGCUGAAGUCUCGUGCAACUCCAAUCAAAGAAGCCAAGGUGACAAAGAUCUCCCUGGCUGGUUGUGGUCGGCUGCAGAGCAUAUUCCUGCGUGCACUUGCCAAUCUGGACGAGUUGAAUCUCUCUGGUACAUCCAUUAAAAUACUUGAUCUCAGUGUCAUGAAUGUCCCAAAUCUCAGGAAGUUAUACUUGCUGGGUUGUCGACAGCUCUGUGGCCUAUGUUGGCGUGAAAAUGACCUGGAAGUGCUACAUGUAGAUGUUGACACUUGGAGGAGGAAAAGAUUAGCGGUCUGCUGUGCAAGAGUGAGGGAGGAUUUGUUCAGUUUUGUGGCAUGCAUUACCCUUACAGAUGCAAGGAUUCUUUGGCGGUGCAUACGUGAACUCUGUUUUUCAACAUAUAGAGGGGCAAAGUUGCACCUCCAUAUCUCUUCUACUGUUCAUAGCCAAAUCAACAUGACCAAAAAUAUCAAGGAGAUUGGUCCUAGCCAAGCGGGUUUUGCUCCCACAGGGAGAUCGUUACCUUAUGAAGAUAUUAUUAUCCUUCUGAAGGAUGUAGCAAGCUCAUCCCUUGUGUUGGACGACCAGCGGGAGCUUCAACCUCUCGAUGUGCAUAUUGAGAUUGGUGAUCAAGGCCACAAUUUAGAGAAUAUGGAGAAAGCCGAAUAUUUCAGAUUCUUCAUUCGGCAUCAUGUUCAGUCAUUGCAUGUGCAUGACAACUCCACAAUCACGGAUAUCCCUCCAAGGGGUCCACAAACUUGGGAUAGACUAGAGUGGUGUCAUGUCGAGAGAUGCCCUAAGCUACACUCCCUCUUUUCUUGUGAGGAAAGUACAAUCAGAUUUACUUGUUUAAGGACAUUUUCUGCGUCUGAUCUCCUGACGGCCCACUGCAUCUGGGAUAAAAUUAACCCCGAAGGCCUUCAAUAUUGCAUAGACCCAAAGCGUUCUUUCAGAGCCCUACAAGACAUAUACCUACACAAUUGCCCCGGGCUGGUGUUUGUCCUCCCGAUUUCCUUCACCUUGCCAAGACUGGAGACCAUCCAGGUCGCAUACUGCAGAAACCUCCAAUAUGUUUUCCCCCUGGACAACAAGUGCCCUCCAGAGAUAGAGUCCGGCAUCACAUUCAAGAGUCUGAAGCACAUCAAGCUGUACCAUCUCCACCGGCUGGAGCGGAUAUGCGAGGCCAGACUGACUGCACCGGCACUGGAGACGAUCAGCCUCAGGGACUGCUGGGGCCUGAGGCGGAUACCGGCCGUCGACGUGUGCCAAGGUCCUAUGCCAGUUGUGGACUGUGAGAAGGAUUGGUGGGGCAGGCUCGAGUGGGACGGCCUAGACGCCGGACACCACCCGUCACUCUUCAAAACAUUUCACUCAGCUUACUACAAGGAGGCGCUCCCAAGGGUCUCCGUUCUAAGGUGAUCAGCUGCACUCCUCUGCCAUGCCAUGUCUAGCUUGGAAUGUAAGAUGCAAUUGAGGGAGGCCAGCUUACAUGUGUCUUCUGUGUUGCAACUGUGGUGCGUGCGCGUGCAAGAAUAAAUGGUGUGUUUUCAGCCACCAAGCUACCCGAUGUGAGUAUGCUUGAAUUGGAUUUUUGUGUGAUGCACUUUGGGUGCUUGGCUUUCUCCAGAUUUUGGCGUGGCCUUUACUCCCAGCCAUAUGAUGAUUUGUGUUGAUUCGCGAUUUGCUUGUAAUAAGAUGAGGCUGUGUGUGCGUGUCCGCGCGCACCAACCUAGUGUGACAUGUGAUUUUACUGCUGAACCGUAAAUUCAGCAUGUAUUUGACCAUAUGACAAUAUUGUUGUAAAGAAUUGUUACCUGGUUUGCAAUUGAGCAGAGUCUUCUUUUUCGUUU